UUCGAAACCACGACAUAUAACAACAUAACCUUUCUAGUUGUACUGGGUGUCGCUUUCUGCCAAUUAGCAACGUUUUGUAUGUCUGCGAUUUGUCAUGAUUGCAGCAGCAGAGAUCACCUUAGAAACCACCAUCGUACAAUGAGACGUGGCCUUCCAUAUCAGUGGCUUUAUUAAUUAAUACAUCCGUAACUAUAUGUUAUACGAUUGAAUUGCCGCAAAGAUGUAUUUAUCGUUUAUCGUCGUUAACGUGCUACUUGGCAUAUCCUCGCUCGUUCAUGGGAUACAAAAAUUUCAGAGUGAACUCGACUAUGACGGAUGGUUGCAGUUGAGGUUAUGGCACGCUGUCAACGACGACCCGGUGCCAAUAUACACAGAACGAGGUAACGUCACGGUGUCUAGCGUGCGUAGCGGUGCCUCCGUCGUCGGACAGAGCAGCCUGUCGCCGGCGCAGAUAAACGCGCUGAGAAAUCUCGCCGCACACGACGGCAAAUAUAGACUGAAAGCAGUGGCACGUACCUCGUCCGGCAGCGAAGUUACCUUCUUGUCGUCGGUGCCAGCGUGCUAUCUGUUGGGUUCCGAUCUGGAAGAUGUUCUGACGAUAUGGCUGGAUACCUCAGCGGUGCCAAUAGCUGUGAGCAUCUUCUCAUCGGGUCCUUGUAGAACAGACAAUCCUUUCACAAAUAUGUGGACCACAAAUGUCAUAGUGAAAUCUCCGGAAGCUGGCCCAAUUCCAGACACAGCCACGUACAUUCAGAAGCUCGAACGAGAACGAGAGGCGAAAGAGAGAGGAGAGGCCAAAGAUAAUCGUUCAUUCCUUGCGAAAUAUUGGAUAUACAUCGUUCCCGCGCUGAUAUUCUUGCUGAUUUCAUCCGCAACGAAUCCAGAAGCCGCUUCAGGAGGCAGUGCACAAAGACAGUGAUCUACAAUUAUGAAGAUAAUUUCAUUGUACCUGGGUGCGCAUCAUGUCUCAAAGGAUUCUGUGGAAGAAUUGUCCAAAACUUUUAUAGUGUAAUUUCUUAAUUUGCAAUAGUGUGUAUAUUAUAAAAAUUAUAAAAAUAUUAAUAAUAUUAAUAAUAAUUAUAUAAAUUAUAUAAAUAUUAUAUAAAUUUCCGGUCUGAAG